CGGGGAAGUGGGGGUGGCAGUGAGCCACUCUAUAGCAGUAAGCAUGAGAUCGCAUUAAGGAAAAAAGGCUCUUUUUUCCCCCACAACACUGUCCUCUAAAACUUUUUUUUCUAAACACACUUUGCCAACGACCCCCCCCCUUUUGUAUCCACAGCCUUGUCUGCUAAAAAAAAAAAAAGGGAUACGCAAUAUCUGCUUCCAACUUGUCUCAAAAAAGAGGAACUAAAAACUACCUCCAGACCCCCCCGAUCCGCCACCGACGACGAACCAACUAACAGCAAGUGCUUCAUUUAAAUUGUGUGUGCGUGAUUAUAUACAUACAUAUACAUACAUAUAUAUAUAUGUAUGUAUGUGUGUAUAUAAACACUGUGGCACCAGGCAGACACACGGACAACACAUGACAGAUAUAAUAAUCGUAGAAAUACACAAAUAUAAAAAUGUAACUAACUUCUUUAAAUCGCCCGUUCGAAGCUGUUGGUUCUUCGCUCCAGAUUUCCCAUUCAUUAAAGGGGCUUUGCUGGUUCAGGCGAUUUAAAUUUUUAAUUAUUUUUCUCAAUGUCCGCCUUAACCUUUUCGUGUUCAGCUACAACGGAACAGACCCCGGCAAAGAAAAAAGCUAAUUGCUAUGAAAUAAUAACCGUUUUCAUGUGAUCAGAUUUAAUUAAAAUUUAAUGAAUUGAUUAAAUUUUUCAAAUAAAGCUACUGUACUACAUAUAUCUAUAUAUAUUUAGAUAUAUGUAUAUGUAUAUAUGAUGUAGGAAGAGUGCGAUUUCAAAACUAAAGGAUUCUUUAUUGACUGACUGGAAUUGAACGUGGUACGGUUCUGCUUACGAUUGAAGUCUCUCACCUCCAACCAGUCCGGACAAAAUUAGACCAGGUCAUCUGGACAGGACACUUUGGCCCUUCGACUUGAGACCAGUUUCAGGGUCUUUUCUCUAGGACAGGACACUACAUAUGACAGCAGAUCAUUCAACAGUGGCGCCACCUGGCUAUGGUCAGUGAUGACUUUCUACCUGCCGGAUGGCCUGACUUUCACCGUCUUCAGAUUGACCACAGAAUUCAGUUGUCAUUGUCCUGCAUCGGAGAGAGAGACGUAUCAAAGCAGCACAAGCAUCAAAUGUAUACAUUUUGUAUAUUGCUGCCAAAGAGCCACACAGUGCACAUGUAAUCGUGUCUAAGUCCACCUCGGUCCUUUAUCAAGUUGUCAAGCAGGAACAGUUUAAAAUGUAUCCGACACAAUUUGUAUAUACAGCUGGAAACCCUUACAACCUCAACUCCCAGCCCUUCUACCAAAGUGACCUCCUGAUUUCUCCCCCGCCCCACCCUCCCCCUCCCCCUUCCUCAUCCGCUUCAUCCCAUCAGCUCCCUCCCAACACCUCUGCUUCCCCAUCGUCUGCAAAGACUCAUGACUCGCAGUGCGACUCGAACGAUGCGUCUGAAAGGAAACAGUUCAAAUGUGAAGUCUGCAAGAAGACCUUCAACCAAAAGAUGGACAUGAUGAGCCACGAGUGUUCGAUGGGCGGCUCGGGUUUACUGUCCCUACCCCUAACAGUUCCUGCAAUCCCACCCCCUCAGGCGAUGCUCACCGUACCGAUGGUGGGACAGCCGAACCUCCAAAGCGUCAGCGAUCCAGCACUACAGAAAAGUCUAGCCAAAGAGAAAACUUUCUUUUGUUCGUUUUGUAACAAAGCUUUCUCCCAGCAAAUUUUUCUCCGCAAUCACGAGAGGACACAUACGGGGGUCAAACCUUUCACCUGUAACACAUGCGGUAAGGCCUUCAGUCUAUUGGUAAACCUGAAAAGCCACCAGCGUGUGCAUUCGGGUGAGAAGCCCUUUCACUGUGCCAUUUGUUCAAAGUCAUUCAGCCAACAGGGAAACCUAAAGAUCCACCUUCGUACACAUUCAGGAGAGAAACCGUACAAAUGCGACAAGUGUGAGAAAUGUUUCAGCCAGAAGACUAACCUGGACAGUCACAAGAGGGUGCAUACAGGAGACUUGUUUACAUGUCAGAUCUGUUCUAAAGCUUUCACUCUGGAGAUCAAUCUUCAUAACCACCAGAGGAUCCAUACGGGGGAGAGGCCGUUUGUUUGCACCUAUUGCAACCGUCGCUUCUCUCAGCAGAGCGCACUUCGCAACCACGAACGCCUACACACGGGAGUGAAACCAUACCAGUGCACGUUCUGCUCGAAAUCCUUCAGCCAACAGGGGACUCUCAAAGCUCACCUUUGUUCGCACACAGGUGAGAAACGCUUCCACUGCGACCUCUGUGACCGUUCCUUCUCUCAAAAGACAAACCUCGACAGUCAUAAACGCAUUCACACCGGCGACCUCUUCAAGUGUUCGACCUGCCCCAAAGCAUUUACCCUCGAGAUAAACUUACGCAACCAUGAACGAGUGCACACGGGGGAGCGGCCCUUUGCCUGCACGUUUUGCAGCUCGAGAUUUUCGCAACAAAGUGCACUAAACAACCACGAGCGACUGCACACGGGCGUGAAGCCUUACCACUGCACCUACUGCUCCAAAUCAUUUAGUCAACAGGGCACGUUAAAGGCCCACCUGUGUUCACAUACAGGUGAAAAACGGUUCCACUGUGACCAGUGUGAUCGGUCGUUUUCUCAAAAAACUAACCUUGACAGUCAUAAGCGGAUCCACACGGGGGACUUGUUCAAGUGCUUAGUUUGUGGAAAAGCCUUCACAUUGGAAAUCAACUUGCAGAACCACGAACGUAUUCACACGGGGAUCAAGCCUUACAAAUGCACGUAUUGCCCUAAAGCAUUUUGUCAGCAGACCGAGCAAAAAUCUCACAUAAGGACUCACACAGGUGAGAAGCCUUUCAAAUGUAGUUAUUGUCCGAAAGCAUUUAGUCAGCAGAGCAACCAGAAAAUGCACGAACGUAUUCACACCGGGGAAAAACCAUACAGCUGCGAACAGUGUUCAAAGACGUUCAGCCAGCGUGCAAACCUUGAAAAUCACCGUCGCUUGCAUUCGGGAGACCUUUUUAAGUGUUCAAUGUGUUCGAAGGCAUUUACUCAGCUGGUUAAUUUACGGACGCACGAGCGCGUACACUCGGGUGAGAAGCCAUAUCGAUGCAACACCUGCAAUAAAAUGUUCAGUCAGCUUAGUAACUUGCAUGCGCACGAACGUGUUCACACGGGCGUGAAGCCGUUCACCUGUGACUUGUGCUCGAAAUCCUUCGCACAACGGACCACGUUGAUCAACCACAAGCGCUCGCAUGCUGCUAAGGCACACAACGCAAGCCUCAUGCUCGCAGCUAAGCAGUCUGCCGAGAGGGACGCCAUGCUGUUGCAGGACAACGGAAGCAGUGUCGCAGGUGGCAGCACCGGUGUGAAGACAACCCCGAGUGGAGCCAACAACCCCAGGGUUCCGACUGCAGUCAGUGCAACAAACAACUCUGCAGUUAAUGCAGGUAAUGUGAAGAGCGAGAGUUCGAAUCUGAAGUCUGCUACUGACUACACUCAGACGAUGGCUCACAACCAGAACCAGAACAACCGCCCGUCGAAUGCUCACAUGACACAACAACAACAACAACAGCAGCAACAGCAGCAACAGCAGCAGCAACAACAGCAGCAGCAGCAGCAGUCCAACACCUCGUUGUUGAUCCCCUCCCCCUCGGUCAGUGGACGGUCAGGACAGUCAUUAAUGCCCGCGUCAUCUCCUUCGUCUGUUUCGUCAUCGUCAGCAGCCCCUCACACCUCUUCCUCGUGGAUGACCUCCAUGAACCUCCACGAGAUGUCCCAGCGCUGGGAGGGCAACUACCUCUGGCCCCGCGGCUUUUCUAUGACCUCGAUGCCCCCUACCACCUGGGCAAACAUGCCCAGUGUUUUCCCAUGCAGUAGGAUUGAGUAUCCAAGAGGAACCGCCCCCACAAAGGGCCAGACCAGCCACCCCAGCACAUCGAAAUGACAGAAGCACACAGACCUGGACCCUACAACAUGUGUUUUAUACAAACAACAUCUCAAACACACAAACAUGUUUUCAAUUGGUUGCUUCUAAUAUUAUUAUUAUUAUUAUUAAGGUAGCGAGCUGGCAGACUCAUUAGCACGCCAGGCUAAAUGCUUAGCUAUAUU